ACCGACGUCGUUUUUAUUCUCUUUCUUUUGGUCUUUUUUGCCUCGCUACCACCGUUGACAAAAGUCAUGGUCUAAAAUUUUGCUUUUUCUACCGUAGCUUUUCCUUCCAAGAUUCAACCAAACAAAACAAAAGAAGGAAAGAAAACAGUUUUCCCUCGUCCCUACCUUACGCUUUCUUCCACAGCCGCUAUCCUUCACUUGCCCCACGUAACUGGAGAAAGAAUAUUCCACAAUUCCUUCACAAAACCCUUUACGUACACGUCCUAUACAAUUUCCUUCUCCUUAUCAAAUAUCCCCUCCAUCGUCCACCAGCUUCAUUUCCCUUAUUCCCUCUCCAGCAUUCAUGGAAUCCGUCGCCUCUUCCUCUCCCGACCACCGUCCCCAAUUCCACUUCAGGCCUACCCAACCCCUGGCUGAUCGAAUAUUCCGUGCCCUCCAUCACCACCUCCGUCUCCUCCACCGUUCAGAAUCCAACUUCUUUAUCUUAGGUGCCACAGGUAAUGUUUACACCGUUACUUUAACCACCACCCCUUCUUGCACUUGCCCUGACCGUAGAACACCAUGCAAGCACAUCCUCUUCGUUCUUAUUCGCGUACUGGGUGUCUCUCUUGACGAUGCUUGUCUCCGGAGGAAAACUCUGCGGCCAUGUAGGCUCAGCCGCCUACUUAGCAAGCCGUCACUGUGUGAUUCACUAGCGAGUGCCAGCGUCCGUCAGAGGUUUCAUCAGCUUUUCUUUCAGGGAAGGCAAGGUGGGUUGAGGCCUCAUGUGGAGAUUGAAGAGGGAACGACGUGUCCAAUUUGUCUUGAUGAGAUGGAGAAGGAAGAGAGAGUGGUGGCUUGUGGAACAUGCAAGAAUGUUGUUCAUGAAAAUUGCUUGAUUAAGUGGAGGAGAAGUAGGGGAAGAAGAGGAGGUAGCUGUGUGAUUUGUCGAGCCAGGUGGAGAGAUCUGAGCGAUCAGGAAAGGUAUCUGAAUUUGGCAGCUUAUGUUAGCGAGGAUGAUACGGCCCAGAGUGGAAGUCUCUGUGCUGGCUAGACUGAAUGAUUCCAUUCUGAUCUGAUUGAUAUGAUUUGGAAUUGUAAAUUAUGGGAUGAUUUCAUUGAUUUGAUUUGUAAAUAAUUGAAGCAUAGAGUAAUUUGAAGAAAAAUAAUUGGAUUAAUGUAUAAAAUAAGUUAGAUUUACUUUUCGU